AUGGCGUCUGACGGCCCCGCAAACUACCAAAUCCAUACUGUGGAUGUCAACACCAGCAAUGACUACUUCGGUGGUUCUUUUCGCUGGUCUGAGGCGCCUCCUUACAAACCCCAAACCAUGGAAGAAGCCCAGGGUCACAUCGACUAUCUCUAUGAAUCAGGAGUCCCUUUCUUCUCCAAGGAAAUGAUUCGCGCUGUCUUUGAGCAGUGCCAACGCAAGCCGGCUCGGGGUGAGUUGAUCUACGUUAAAGGCGUGGACGGGGCGACAGUCGAGUUUGUGAGCAAGACUGGGGAAAUCAAAAAGAGGACGAGUGCGGACGGUGUCUCACUUGAAUAUUUACUGCUCGAUCCGGUCAUCUCGUACGACUGUCGAGCUCAUCUGAAGCACCGCCUCUGGUGGACCGGCCUGCCGGGCCGCCCGCCAUUCUGUAGCCUCACGAUCCAGCAUCCGUCCCUGGAAUUCAAGGCAGGCAGCAACGAGCCCGUGGUUCACUGGCCCACCCAGCCCCGUGAAGAGGUCGCCCAGGCGUUCCAGGGCCAUUUCCAAGAUUGGCAAGAGACCGAGGUGUGCCAGCAGCUCAAGCAGGUUCUUCACCGGCAUGCGGCGACCCAUCGGAUCACCAAAGUCGUGGGACUUGCCUUGAGUGCCAUGUCCAUUCGCGUCGAUGAUUGUCCGCGGUCGUAUAUCCAGCACGCAUUGCUGCUCACGCUGCGGAACUGGCUGGCCGAGCGAGAUGGGACAGAGGUGACAUGCUACGCCCAAGAUCCCGGCUAUCGGUCGGUUGACAAAGAGGUUUUGCGGGCACACAAUAUUCAGGUGAUCGAUGACCCCCAGGCAUGGCUCGAAAUCGACGAUCAGUCGGUUGUGUUCUCGGUGGCCCCUAAUGUGCCCGUCAAGGAGAUUGUGGCUGACAUUGCUCGGCCGGGUAUUAUCAUAUGGGAGCGGGUCGGGUUUGAAGAUGCCGAUCAAGAGGGGAAGACUUCCAGUACAGAUCCGAGUUCGCCCCGAGUGCGGGCGAUGCUUGAGGGCUAUGAGCUGUUUGACUUUGGGGCUGAGGACGACCCGAAUUUCUGCCGGACGGUGAUGUAUAUUCGACGGCACCAAGGAUAA